GAGCUUUGUAGCAGAUGGAAAGAUGUGCCGCUGCUUCUGGGGUGUCAGAGAGGGAGUUUAUCAAGAAGGCAGCAAGAAGCGAGCAGCAGGGAUACUCCACCCAUGACAUCAUCCACUUUUUCAAGUUCAUUUUCUCCCUGCUUUGCUUUUCAUCUGUUGCGUUUAGUUCCUGAAGCUGUGGGUGCAGUCCUGGGGGCCACAAUGGGCCUGUCAUUCUGAGGAAAUGAAGGCGAAUUCCCAGUCAGCCAUGACAUCGGUACAAACUCCUCCCCUCUCUCGGUCGGGGUCCUCUCCUUCCACUGUGGGUCUGGCCAAUCGCAGCGGCCCCUCUGCCGCUCCUCCCACCUCCCUCAGCCUCCGCUCCUCAUACAACCAGCUGCUGGGGCGGGAUGUCAUCAAGGAGUCCAUGGAAACCGGAAGUUCGGCUACUUUGCCCAAGAGCCGCCAGAGGCACACCAUGACCAGCGUGCGGAGCGUCAUGGGGAUCAGUGACAACUUGGCUCUGUCCUCGAAAAACCAGCCAGUGACCAGAGGGAGAGGCCUUCCCACCAAGUCCUCGUCCAGUUCUGCUCUCUACUCCUCCUCCUCGUCGUCCUCGCUGUUCAAUGCAACCAACCCCAAGCUGGCCAAGAAUGGAGCCAACAUGCAGAGACGAGCCGAGAGCCAGCAGCUGGAGCUCAGCAGAGCCAAUACAGAGAGCAAGAUCCACAAUGAUCUCAUCAAUAAUCCCAGCUCAGACUGGCUAGAAUUCGGGAAAGAUAACUCACAGCUGCCUCCGUUUCGAAGAAGAACCAAGAGCUUCUUGGAGUACCACGGUAAGGGCUGGGAUCUGGACUUCAGCUGGGGAAACAAAGAGGAGAAGGAGGAGAAGAAGCAGCAGCCCUCCCCAGAGAAGGAGCAGGCCAGCCCAACUAAAGAGAGAGAGAGCCAGAAGGAGGAGAAACUCAGCAACAAGCAGACCUGCCAGGAGGAGAAGGAGGAGGUUGAGCCAGUGGUGGAGGUCGAUGAAGAGGAUGAGCCCACCCCAACUCCGAGGCAGCCUCUCCUCCCAGUGGUGGUCGAAGCACCUCUUUCCUCCACCUCCUCUUCUUCCACCAACAGCCCCGAGUGGGUGUCAGACAACCUCAACCACCUCCAGAACCAGACUCAAGCCCAGAUCAAAGAGGAGCUCUGUGUCCAGGUUCAGGCCGCCCCGCGCAGCCCCGCCAAGCCCCCGCGGAGCUCCCAGCCCCGGGUGAUCAAGGUGGAGCUGCACCCCAACAAUGAGAACCAAUUCCUGCAGCAGUACCCGCCGUCUUCCCCUAAACAGGCCAGAGCAGCCGAGAGGAGCACGCCCACCAAGAACCGGGCGCCGCCCCCCCUGCCGGAUCCCGAACCGGAGAAACCAGAGACGGGGCUCCCCAAAGUGGGCUUAAGAAUGGAUCUGACUCCUGACUCUCCAUCAGAGGAUGAAGACUCCAGCUGGACCACGCUGUCUCAGGAGACUCCCUCUCCACAGAGUCCACAGGAGACAGCAGACGUAUGGGCUGAAGGGGACCUGCCUCCAGGCUGGCGGGAGAUCUCAGACUCAUCAGAGGUCUAUUUCUGGCACAUUCCCACCGGAACCACCCAGUACGACCGACCCGUGGCCUCCGGGAACCAAAACGCUACAUCUGACAAAGAGCCCGACCUGCAGCAACAAACACAGGACUCCCUCAGACCGCCCAAUGAGCGUCCCAGCAGCCUGAUCUCUGACAGCUCGGUGGAGCCGGUCCCCUCGCCCUCCGGCUCGUCCCCCUCCUCUUCCUCUACUCCGUCCAAUGAUGUCACUUCCUCUGAACAAAACCUUGACAGCAGCCCCUGCACAGCAAAUGGUCUGAAGGACUAUCCGGUCUAUCCAGAUCCCAGCCUGAAGGCAUUUGAAGGAGCCACUCUCAGAUACGCUUCACUCAAACUGAACAGUCUUCCAGCCCAACUGGAAACGGUGGACCUGAACAACACAUUUGAUCCCGAGGCAAUGUCGUUUCCAGUUCGAUCUCUGGGCUGGGUGGAGAUGGCGGAGCAGGACCUGUGCGAGGGGAGGAGCAGUGUGGCCGUCCACCACUGCAUCAGACAGCUGUCCUACUGCAGACGGGACAUACGAGACUCUGCCGGCGUCUGGGGAGAGGGUAAAGGAAUGCUUUUAGUCCUUCAGGACCGCAUGCUAACCCUUGUUGACCCAGACGAUCGCAGCUUGCUCCACUCUCAGCCAAUCAGCAGCAUUCGUGUGUGGGGCGUUGGCCGAGACCAUGACAGAGAAAGGGAUUUUGCCUAUGUGGCCAGAGACAAGAACACACGGGUGCUGAAGUGCCACGUGUUCAGAUGUGAUACCCCUGCUGCAGCCAUCGCCACGAGUCUCCACGAAAUCUGCUCCAAGAUUAUGGCUGAAAGAAAAAGUGCCAAAGCUGCUGCUGGCAGCUCCUCUCAGAACGGUUCCGACGUCCCCCUGCAAGAAUUCCCCAUGCCAAAGACGGAGCUGGUGCAGAAGUUUCAUGUGCUGUAUCUGGGUAUGACAUCUGUGUCUCGACCGAUAGGUAUGGAUAUCAUAAAUGGGGCAAUAGAAAGCCUCCUGUCGUCCACAGGCAAAGAGGACUGGACUCCUGUCAUACUGAGCAUUGCUGACACCACUGUGGCUGUGAUCAAAGAAAAGGAGGAGGAAGAGGAGGCGCUCGUGGAGUGCCGCGUUCGAUUUUUGUCCUUCAUGGGCGUGGGUCGGGAUGUGCAUACGUUUGCCUUCAUAAUGGACACUGGGAACCAGCACUUCCAGUGCCACGUGUUCUGGUGCGACCCCAACGCCGGCUGCGUGUCGGAGGCUGUGCAGGCAGCUUGCGUGCUCCGGUACCAGAAGUGUCUGGUCGCUCGGCCGCCCUCCCAGCGUGCCGGCUCGUCGUCCUCGCCCUCCGCGGACUCAGUGACCCGGCGAGUGACCACCAGCGUGAAGCGCGGCGUCCAGUCUCUCAUAGACACUCUGAAACCCAAGAAACAGCCGUCAGAACUCCCCCAGCAAUGACCGUCACCGCUGACCACUCGCACCGCCCCCCCCCAGCCUGGAAGCCACUCACACUAUCGCCACGACGACGACACUGAACCCGUACCAGCCAUGGUGACUACCAGUGUACAUAGAGCAUAACAAAUCUCACUGCAGAUGAAGGAAAGAAGAGCCGUCAUCAAACGUGCCCGACGAUUUAACGAUCCAUCAAAAAUGAAAACGCGCCUGUUAUGGAAAAAGCUGGUGUCACUGGUUGAACUUUGACCUUUGAACGCUGUUCCGCCCAAGUGGAACUCACCUUCUACACAUGAAAUUUCUAAAAAAAAACAAAUUAAACGGAUGGAUUACCUGACCGUGCACUCUACAGACAGGAUAAAGGAUUACCCAGGAAAAAAAAAAAAAGAAAAGAAAAGAUGAAAUUUCUACUCAGAGUCGUUAUGGAGCCACUCAUUGGUUUACUCAUUUUUCCUUCCAUCUGUCUCUUUUUGAACUCCUGGAACGGUUGAGCUGCAGCGAACCCUCCAUGAGAAAAAAAGUCAUUGUCCUGCUGUGAUGGGGUUGUGACAGGUGAAUGAAAAAAGUAACCAGGAGCAGACCGUCCUCAGCCUCCAGGGUCCAAUCACGUGGCAUCGAAUGUUUCAAACCCUUCAGCGUGCGACAAACUGGAAGGAGACAAAACGUUUUCAUCUAAUAAUGAAUGAAGUGAUUGUAAAAAUAAGGUGUCUGUAAAUGAUUGUAUGUAGGAGGAGAGUUUUUAGGGCGCAAGAGGGUGGAGGAUGAAGCGGGGGUGUUUUGCAUGUUUCUGUGAUGGGAUACAUUUUAUGUUGGUGAGUAAACGGUUCCUCUAAAUUGACUGGUGAACACAUGAAAAAAUACAUACUCUCAGCACAAUUCAUCUCCACUUGAUCAUGACUGGAUUAACACUGGCACUAAAAAUUCUAACCCAAUCCACAGCGAAACAAGGCUACUCUUCUUUUACAAAAAUACAGUCAAAGAUUGUCAUUUUGGUUUUGAAUGAAUUCUUAAAUGAAGGGUUGAAUCAGCAGAGGAAAGUUAAACAGUUUUUAUUGUUUUUCAAAGCUUUAAAUGAGUGAUGAUUGUAAUUUUUUUUCUGAAAUGUAAAAAAAAAAAA